AUAAGCCCUAAUAAUUCACACAGGGGAAGGGGAAAUCCCAAAUCGUACCAAAAAGUAUUGCAGAAAUGAACGCUAUAGCCAGGCGAGUUAGUGCUACUAUCUUUGCUCCGGCGAGUCAGGGGGUUAACUCUCUGGGUCGUGAUCCUAGUCAGAUUCAGCAAUGGAGAGGGAUACGGGUGAAGGUAAGGAACGGGAACUUGGAGCGCGCGUUGGUGUUGAUGCAGAGGAAGAUGCAAUCGAGCGGAAUCGAGCGGCUGAUAAAGCAGGAACAGACUCAUCACGUUAAGAACUCGGAGAAGCGAGUUUUGGCACGCAAGAAUCUGGAGCGUAAGAUUCGAUCGCAGGAGCUUGCUCGCAAGCUCCAAACUAUCCUCAUCAAGAAAGUCAGGGGUCUAUGAGGACAGCUUUGGUGUAGUUGCUGGUGAUUUUGCAGAAAAAUUUUCAUUUUCUUAUGGAAUUAAGGAUCAUGCAAACUUUAUUUUUUAUUUUUUAUUUUUGCUAAACCUCAUCAGUUGGCGAAUAGCGGUGGCGUUGUACUGAUUUCAAUUUAAUGUAGUCUUUCAGGAAUUUACCUGGUUGAGAAAUUGAUGAGACCUUUCUGUGCGAUGAAACAAUUACUACAUGAAAUACACUUUUCUUCAGCCGUGAUCUCCUGUUAUGUUAUUGGCUCAACAUGAACUAUAAGAUUGUUGACCA